AUGUUGGUUAAGAAGUCGGUGGAGAAUGGGGAUUUUGCGGGUUGUGAUGUGAACGACAAGUGUUUUGUUGAUGUGCUUCAAUUUGCGGAUAAUACUUUGUUGGUGGGGGACGGUAGUUGGAAUCACCUUUGGGCUAUUAAAGUGGUUUUGAGAGCCUUUGAGUUAGUUUCGGGUCUCGAUAUUAAUUUCAACAAAAACAAGCUUAUUGGUGUUAAUAUUAUUUCUCACUUCUUGGAUAUAGCUACUAAUUUCCUAGCUUGUAGACUUGAGUCGAAGGAGUUUAAUUUCCUUGGAAUUAAGGUGGGCAUUAAUCCUAGAAGGGCGGAUGCUUGGAGGCCUUUGGUGGAGAGUGUUAGGAAGAGAUUAAAUACGUGGAAAAGCAGGUUUAAUUUCGGAGGUAGAAUGACUCUCUUGAAGUCAGUUUUAGGUAGCUUACCUAUUUUUACUCUUUCUAUUUGUAAGGCGCCGAAGAAAGUGAUUUGUGAGAUCAACAAAAUUCAAAGCAACUUUCUUUGGGGUGGUGUGAAGGAUAAAAGGAGCAUUCAUUGGGUUUGUUAG